CUUUAUUAAUAUUUUUCUUUCGAUUACAUCCCUUGGCAUUAAACUUGGAUUUUUUUUCUCAGGACUCUUCAUUUUAGAUUGUAAAAUUAUGAUGUAAACAUGGCAUCAGCAGAUGCCCAGUUUGAAGCAUCAGAUGAAUCCUCAGAAAAUGAAUUGUUAGAACGUAGUUUAUCUGUUUGGCAUGGGUGGGAUGUCAAAGAUGAAUCAUCAAUACCCCUAGAUCUUCAUACAGCCUCUAGUAUUGGCCAUUAUGACAGUGUUAAGUCAUUUAUAUCCAGCAGAAAGGUUGAUUUAGACAAGAAGAACAGAGGAGGAUGGACACCUUUAAUGUAUGCAUGUUACAUUGGACAUGACAAUAUAGUCAACCUACUGCUAGAAGCCUCUGUUGGUGUCAAUGAACAAAAUAAUAAAGGACAGACUCCUCUCAUGUUAGCUGCUAGCUGUGGAAAUGAAAGUGUUGCUUACUUUGUUUACCAGCAAGGAGGCGACUUAGAGGCCAGAGACAGAAAAGGAUGGACAGCUUUAUUUCAUGCAACAUAUGCUGGACAUCAGAAUGUGGUUAAAUUUCUCUUAGAACAAGGAGCUCAUAUCAAUGCUGUAGAACCUAUUCAUGGAUUAACUCCCUUUAUGGAGGCUGCAGCUGAAGGCCAUGAGAAGAUUGUACAGUUAUUUCUCCAACAUAGAGCACAUAUAAAUGCCAAGUCCUAUAAAAAUGAAACAGCAAGAUCAUUAGCUAUGAUAUAUAACCAUGUAGCCAUAGUCAACUUGAUAGAUAAUGCUAUGCGUCCUGGAGUUUCAUUACGGUCAGAACCAGGUUUGGAUGGAGAUUUAAGUUCAUCUGAUGAUAAUUUGCCUGAGAGAAGAAGACAUCAAUCUAGGAGGUCUAAUAAUAAAGGAGGUCCAAGUAUACGAGAUGGACCUGAGGCAAUAGCUAGGCUUAUAGACAGAUCUCGUAAACCUCCAACUAGUACAGGUGAUACCUGUGUACCAAAAGGUUAUGUAACAUUUCCUCCACCUGCAGAAGAAACAACACCACAGUUAUCCUAUAGAGAUGUCACUUCUCCUAUCAACAUGCAGGAUUAUGCUUUGGAUAGUUCUGGUGGCAGAGAUUCUUGUGAUAAUGAUCCUGAUGAUGAUGGAAAUGCUUUCUCAAAGACUGGUGCCCUGACCAUAAAGAGCAGCUCUGGUUCCUCUGGUGGACUCAUGUCAGCAUUAGGAUUAAGUCGGGACAAUAGUGUUGACAGUGAUGACUACCAGCCUCACAGCAGUAUAUCAUCACAUGAUGGUAGUAUAGGGGGCGCUAUGGGCAAUCUGUCACUAGGAGGCAGCACUGGUAGUUUAAAUGGAAGUGCACUUUCACCAGCUUCUAGUAUUAAUUUUGAUCUUCAACAAAGUAAAGAUGUGAGAACUACAAAUGUUCCUCAAGAUAUCAAUGUAUAUAAAAUGACACCUAGUGAUAUUCUAGCAAACCAGGGGAAGACAACUUUAGAAAACCGAGGCAAUGUUAAGUCUAGGGAUAUUGGUAUAAACUACAGCAAUCAGAAUGUUGUAAACAAUGGUGCUACUAUUGAUGAUUAUAAUAAGAAAGGAUUUCCUAACAUAGGUGCAGAUUUCGGUGCUCAACUUGGACAGUUAUUUCCACAGAAUCCAGCUACCAGGCCAGACCAACAAUUCUUCAAACCGCAAGAGGGUAAUAACACAGAUCAUCCAGAAGAUUUACAUGCUUUAUUAGAACAGCUGAGUCUAACUAAAUAUUUACCUGUUUUUGAAGAACAAGAAAUUAACCUGGAAGUGUUUCUCUCCCUAACAGAUAAUGAUCUCAAAGAAAUAGGAAUACAGUUAUUUGGACCAAGAAAAAAGUUAACCAAUGCAAUAGCCAGAUGGCACAGUCAGGCACCCAUGGCUAUAAGUAACCAAUUAGAACAGGCCUACGCUGAUAGACUCGAAGGACAAUUACAAGAAAUGGCUGUGCAGUUACAUAAGGCCUAUGAGCAGGUUGAGACCGUGAAAGCUCAGGUUUUACAAGAACAACAGAUACGUAGUGUUACAGAGACAUGUUUAACUGAAGAAAGAGCUGUAUGGACUCAUGUACAGAGACUUAUAGUAGAUACACGCAAAAAAUGUGAAGAAAUGAAAGAGUCCUUACGGAAAUUAAAACAUAUUCAAUGUGAUAUGAAAGCCAAACUUUUACCUGAUUGGAGAGAUGACAAAAAAUCUCAACAAAUAGUGCAAGGUGAUAUAAAUUCUAGUGACCAAAGUGCAAUAAGAGACAACUUUUCAUUGGAUGACAGGACUAGAAUUUCAACCAAUGACAGAGCAAAUACGGAACUGUUGAUAAAGAAAACAGAACAGUAUACUAAAGAACUUCAAAAAAGUAUAUCAUCAGUUACCAUGACAACAGAUAGAUUACUUGGAAGAACUUCACAGAAUAGGGAGGGAGGAUAUACGUGACAAAAAACAGAUUUUAUAAAAUAUUAAUUAGAUAAUCAAAAUUUAUGAAACUUAUCCACAAUGAUUAUUACCACAAAACACAGAUCAAGUUUUGUGUAUAGGUUUCAUUAUUUUAUAAAACAGUCUCUGCUUUGUGAAUCCGGCAUCCGUAUGUAGAAGUUGGCUCCUGUAUAUUAGCAAGCUGUGAUCAUCUGUGGCCCAUUGACACAUUCUCCAUUUAUUUGUUAUCUUGUACAUAACAUUUUGAUGAUCUUAGAUAACUCAGCAUAUAUGUGUCUAGGUAAAGUGUACUGUAUGUUGAUGGGUAAAUGCUUUUUUUUAACAGUUGUAUUCACCAUAGUAACAUGCAGGUCAUGUGUAAUAACUUGUUUAGCUGAAACCACUUCAAUGUGUAUAAUUCAUAAGAUAUUUGGAAUAAUUUCCAUUUGCUUUAGAUUGUUAUGCCCCACCAACGAUAGAAGAGGGGCAUUAUGUUUUCUGGUCAGUGGCUCCAUUCCUCCAUUCGUCCUGCUUCAGGUUGAAAUUUUUGGUCAAGAUAGUUUUUGAUGAAGCUAAAGUCCAAUCAACUUGAAACUUAGAACACAUGUUGCUUAUGAUAUGAUCUUUCUAAUUUUUAAGCCAAAUUAGACUUUUCACCCCAAUUUCAUCGUCCACUAAACAUAGAAAAUGAAAGUGGGAGUUACAGGUUUAAGUUUUUGGACAAGGUAAUUUCUGAUGAAAGUGAAGUCCAAUUAAUUUGAAACUUAGUACAUAUGUUCUCUAUAGCAUAAUCUUUCUAAUUUUAAUGCUAAAUUAGAUUUUUAUCCAAUUUUACGGUCCAUGGAACAUGGAAAAUGAUAGUGCGAGUGGGGCAUCCGUGUACUUUGGGCACAUUCUUGUUAUGUUCUGAAAUAAAUUACAUGUUAAUUUCUGAUCAAGUAAAGUAAAGUAUUCAUGAUAGGCUGUUGAUGCUGUUGAUGUUCCCUUGUCAUUUCCAAGCAGACUUGACAGCCUUACUCACAAGUUGAAUUUAAAGGUGGACUGUAAAUUCAUUGCAAGGUUUUAUUUAUUGCGAAUAAUGUGACCGAGUGAGUAUCAUAAUAAUAUGAAUCAUAUUAUAAAAUUUGACUAAUGUAUUUGUAUGCAGCUUUGCAUUUGGAUCUGCCAUAUUGAGAAAAGGCAAUCAUAAAUGCCCACAAUAAUUUCUGAAUUUACAGUACUUUGUACGUGUUUUGCAAUCCUAUACAUGCACAAACUCUCGAUAGACAUUUAGCUGUUUUCAGCGUCUGAGACAAAAAUUCAAGAUCAACCAACCUGUGUUAGUUAUCAAUUAUUUCACUGACAUCACUGAAUGAUUUAUAUACAAUAAAAUUGAGAAUGAAAAUGGGGAAUGUGUCAAAGAGACAACAACCCGAAAAUGUAUACUCAUAGAUUUUUUUUUUUUUAAUAUCCUAAGGUUUCUUUUAUACUUCAGUGUAAUCAAAAUGGUUUUCAGGUGAAAUCAAAAUGGUUUUCAGGUGAUUGUUUUCUAACCUUGUCAAUGCUGUUUCAUUUGACAUUUGCUGAUGUAAAUUAUGAGGCUUCCAAUCAAUCAUCCCACCAUGUUUAUUGGCUAGACUUCUAAGUAAUACCUUUCAUUUUUUUACCAACAUACAAAAAAGUUUGAAACUAAGGACUUUGUAGGAAGUUUCAAGGAAGUAAGAAGGUAAUGUAAACUUCAUCAUAGUGAACUGUAAAAUAUGUGCCAUUUAACAAGAUGUCCAGAAAUUCAACAUUACAGCAGAAUGCAUUGAGUGUGUAGUCAAAGGUUAUAUCUUUGAUUAGCUUGCUUACUAGCUGAACUGUGAAGUCAUUAUUAGGUUUAAAGUAAACUACCCUCCUGUGUAGACUAGUCCUACAGAUAACCAAUCUAUCAGUCUUUCUGCUUGCAAGAAUAAUUAUAUGACAUAGACCCAACUUUUUUAUUACAUUUUAUAAACUGUGUAGCCGUCCAUCUUGUUUUGUUAUGUUAUUUACUUUUUAAGUAUUAUAUUUUUUAUGUUUUUAAAUUUUUACAGCUCAAUGGAUUUAACAAAUCCAUUUUUUGAAGAAAAAAAUUAUCAUGAAUAGCAUUAUUUACCUUUUUUCACUGAUGAAAACUUUUUAAUAACAAGUAACUCAUGUAAACCACUAUAUCAUGUUUUUACUGAUUAAGAAGCAAAUGACUUAUUUAAUGUUGAAUUUCAUUUUUUGAUGAAUAGCCACUGUUUGAUAUGUGUAAUCCAAUAGAUGUGUAUUAAGUCUAUUAAGGUUUUUUUUAAGUUGCCUCAUAGACAUAAUCGAUCUGUUAACAUUUUUAGAAGCUUUUAUUAUUUACAGUUAAAUAAAAAUUAUUUUAAUCCUUAUAUAUAUAUAUACUAUUCUAAUGUUGUGAAUAAAUAUUUAACAAUACUAGAACAAGGAUUUGUAAAUUGACAUAGAAUAGUAUAUAAAAGACAACUGUUCCUUUUGAUCGAUUUAGGUAAUUAUUUAAGAGAAAUAAGAAUUAUUUUAUCGUUAAGUCUCUACAAAAUAUGAAGAAAGAAGUUAGUAUAUGUUCAUUACAUUGUCAACCAAGCGAUACACCUGGAUAUUUACACAUACAGGUGAGUAUGGGACUGCUCUUUAUACCCUCAAAAUAACAAAGUACUACAAGAUUCCAAUCCUUGUCACUAUACAAAUUCUUGACUAUAAUUAAUCAUUUUUGGGCAAAAGCAUAUAUACAGUAUACACAUUAUAUUUCUCAAUUCAGCAAUUUUAGUCUUCAAAAAGCAGCAUUUGAACCUCUUACAAAACAAUUAAACUUAUUUCACAAAAGAUUAUGCAAAACAGUUAUAAUUUUGAGUGUUAAACUUUUAAAAAAAAUCUAUAACCUACAUGCAAUAUAAUAAUGAUAUUUUUGUUCAUCUUAUAAUUUAAUGUUCCUUCUGACAUCUUUUUAUAUGGUUACCUUGCCAGACACAGAAUUCACAAACAGAAUAUUUUUUUGUAAGAUGCAUUUUUAAACCAGUGUUCUUGUUAAUGUGUUAUUGUUUAUUAUGUAGAAUGUUGAAUAAAAAAUUAGUGAGAA